AUGAAGCUCUCCCUGUUGGCGUUGCUCGCGCUCGCGUGUGCCGUCCUGGCCACCGACGAUAUCGACUGGUCGAAGGUUCGCCCAAUGUCCCGUAUGCCGCAAUACUGGCGCCGCCUGCCGAAGGACAUCCUCAAGCAGUACCUGACCGAAGUGCGCACCCUGAACACGAGCUCCCGCGGCAAUGGCCGCAUCGUAAACGGCUACAUCGCCCAGCCCGGCCAGUUCCCGUACCAGGUUGCCAUGUUGAGCAACUUCGCCGGCGGCGCCGGCCUGUGCGGUGGAUCGGUCCUCACCAACAACUACGUCCUGACGGCGGCUCACUGCGUGGACGUCGCGACCGGUGGUCUCGUCAUCUACGGAGCUGAGGACCGCACCAACGCCAACGAACCGAGCCAGGUACGCAUUGCCUUCAACCAGGACGGUAUCCGGCUGCACCCGAACUGGAACCCUGCUCUGAUCCGCUACGAUAUUGCCACCGUACGAGUCGUCUCGCCCGUCACCUACUCUGCCCGCAUCCAGCCCGUCACGCUGCCUCGCCUCAGCGACAUCGGUAAUGACUUUGCCGGACUGAUCGGAACCGUGUCUGGCUUCGGCCGCUUCUCGGACGCCGUCCAGGAGGCCUCGACUGUGCUGCGCUACGUCAACAACCCGAUCCAGACGAAUCUGGCCUGCUCGUUGCGCUUCCCGGGAGUUGUGCAGCCGGAGAACAUCUGCCUGUCGGGAGAUGCGGGCCGUGGCGCCUGCCAGGGUGAUUCCGGUGGCCCGCUCACGAUCAUCCGUGACGGUACCACUGUCCAGCUCGGUGUCGUAUCGUUCGGUCUUGCUCUCGGAUGCGAGCUUAACUGGCCGUCCGUGUUCGCCCGCACCACUUCCUUCCUGACCUGGAUCGAGGAGAACUCUGACGUUGUCCUGCUGCCGUAAUUUCCCAACUAUCGUAAUAAAGAAAGACAAAUAUACGUAACGAUUACAUAAAGUAACAUCCACCGUACGCAGUCUUGCUUCA